AUGAGUGGGGCAACAUUAACGCUACUUAUGCUCAUCUGUUUGGGUAUUGUUGGUGCACAGCCAGCGGGUUAUCCAAGUGCUGCACCACCGGCAACGUAUUUGCCGGCCAAGCCACCAGCGCCUGCACCAGCGAAGCCCGCACCACCCAGCAGCAGCUAUGGUCCGCCCAAGAAUGGUAAUGGAAAACCACCGCCGCCUAAGAAGACCAAACCACCUGCACCUCCCAAGAUGAGUUAUGGACCUCCACCUGCACCGCCGGCUCCACCACAAACCAGCUAUGGACCGCCUCCCAGCAAUGGCAACUAUUUGCCUCCGUCUAACGGUGGUGGUGGUGGUGGGGGCAAUGGCGGGGCAGGAUCUGGUGGUGCAGAUAUACCCAUAAUCAAGCUGGAGUCGAAAAUCAACACCGAUGGCUCCUACAUGUACGAAUAUGAAACGGGCAAUGGAAUCAAGGCCGAAGAGAUGGGAGGUCCCGAGGCUCUGAAUGUUGAGGGCUCCUUCUCCUACACCAGUCCCGAGGGUCAGGCCAUAUCCUUAACGUAUAUUGCCGACGAGAACGGAUUCCAGCCACAGGGUGAUCAUCUGCCGACACCUCCGCCCAUCCCAAUUGAGAUACAGGAGGCACUGGACCAAAUUGCAGCUGGUGGCGGAUGUCAUGACUGCGAUGACAACGAAACAGGUGGAGACAAUGGUGGCUAUGUCUAUCGCAGAAAGUAGGCUCCCAUCCAAGUAUAAUAAUAAUA